AUGAUGUCCUACAUUAAGCAACCACAUUACGCCGUGAACGGGUUAACGCUCUCCGGCCAGGGCAUGGAUCUCCUUCACAGCGCCGUCGGAUAUCCCAAACAAUGGAGAACUGAUUUAUUUAAUUUCCUUUCCGCAGACACACCGCGCAAGCAGCGCAGGGAGCGCACCACCUUCACCCGCGCUCAGUUGGACAUCCUGGAGGCGCUGUUUGCCAAGACGCGCUACCCGGACAUCUUCAUGAGGGAGGAAGUGGCCCUGAAAAUCAACUUGCCCGAGUCCCGCGUCCAGGUCUGGUUCAAGAACCGCAGGGCCAAGUGCCGCCAGCAGCAGCAGCAGAGCACCGGCCAGUCCAAACCGCGGCCUCCCAAGAAGAAGGCGUCCCCGUCGCGCGACCUCAACAACGAUGCCUCGGUCAACGUGGGCAACGGGCCCUACAGCCCCCAGCCCCCUCCCCCGGGCACCUCCAUCACGCCCAGUGCCAGCGCGGCCAGCGCCACCGUGUCCAUCUGGAGCCCGGCCUCCAUCUCCCCGCUGCCGGACCCCCUGUCCGUGUCCUCGGCCAACUGCAUGCAGCGCUCGGGGGGCUACCCCAUGGCCUACAGCCAGGCCCCGGCCUACAGCCAGAGCUACGCCGGCUCCUCGUCCUACUUCACGGGCCUGGACUGCAGCUCCUACCUGUCCCCCAUGCACCCCCAGCUGUCGGGCACCGGGGGCGCCCUGAGCCCCAUCACCGCCUCCUCCAUGGGGGGGCCUCUCAGCCAGUCCCCCGCCUCGCUGUCCUCCCAGGGCUACACGGCCGCCUCGCUGGGCUUCGGCGCUGUUGAUUGUCUGGACUACAAGGACCAAACUGCCUGGAAGCUCAAUUUCAAUGCCACUGACUGUCUGGACUACAAAGACCAGAACUCCUGGAAGUUCCAGGUCUUGUAG